AUGACGUCCACCGCUGCUGCAUCUCCCUACGCUGCUGCGCCCAACGGCAGCAGCAGCAGCAGCAGCAGCAGCAACAGCAGCAAUGCUUUUGCUUCUUCAUCCCCAACGCCACCUCCUGCUGCUGCAUCUAGCUCCCCCUGCGGCAAGCCCGACCCCACCACCAGCAACAACAACAACAGCAGCAGCAGCAGCAGCAUGAAUAAGCUACCUAGCAGCUUGCUGCAACGUGUAGGUUAUAUAGAUAAGCAAGCGCAUGCACGGAGCAGCAGCUGCUGCUGCUGCACAGAUAAGUAUGUCUUUAUAGGGGGAUCAGGUCUUGUAGGUACAAUAUUUAUAUACCGUAUAAUACCUCCCCAUGAACAAGACGAGCAGCAGCAGCAGCAGCAGCAGGAGGAGCAGCAGAAACAGCAACAGAAGGAGCAGCAGCAGGAUGAUGAGCAUCAACAGCAGCAGCAGCAGCAGCAGCAGCAGCAGCAGCAAGGAUUAGAGUUUAUUGGCUUAUUAGGUCGCAUGGCAUCACAAAUACAAAAAAUUAUUUUAAAUACACAAGGGGAUACUCUUCUUGCUCUUACGCAAGCAGGGCUGUGUUAUGUAUGGCCAGUAGAUGAGGGCUCAUUGACUGCCUUACAGAAUACAACAGCAGGAGCAUUAUUUCAAUCUCCUGCUGCUGCUGCUGCUGCUGCUGCAGCAGCAUGGCGAGACAGCAGCAGCAGCAGCUUAUGGGCAAGAAGGAACUGUUUCUUCCCUUCUCCGGUGUCUGAUGAACUGCUGCAGCACGGCCUGUUUGCUGCUCCUCAGGUGUAUGUGCAGCUGCUGCUGAAUUCUCCUUCCCCUCGUUGUGUCUUAGGGGCUAAUGGUCGUGGUUUUGCUGCUCUCCCCAACAGCAGCAGCAGCAACAGCAACAGCAGCAGCAACAGCAGCAGCAACAGCAGCAGCAGCACCUGUAGGGUAGGAGAUGACCUACAGACAGUAGAGUUCCUACAAGACGGACGUCUUGUUGCUGCUGCUGCUGGUGCUCCUUCUCCUUACCCUAUUGGUAUCUAUGAGACGCAGCAGGGGCAUCUACUUGCUGCUUUUGCUGCUGCUGCUGUCUUUAUUCCUACAAGGACAGGCAGCAGCAGCAGCAGCAGCAGCGGGGGUAAGGAGGAGGGCACAGCCGUGCUGCUGUGCAACUUUCCUGUAUUGGCUCUAGAUCGUUCCCGACCCCCUCCUGUUGCUGCUGCUGCAAACCCUGCAGCAGCAGCAGCAGGACAGCCAGCAGCAGCAGCAGCAGCAAAGGGGAGAUGGCUAGCAGCAGCAGCAGAUGUAGGCGGCUGCAUAGCAGCAGCAUUCAUAGAAGAUGAUAAGUUAAUGGAGCUGCAGCGUCACUAUGACAGCAGCAACAAGAAGCAGCAGCAGGCUGCUGCUGCUGCUGCUGCUGCAGGGGGUGAUGCAGCAGCAGCAGCUGCUGCUGCUGCUGAGCAGCGAGUCCCUAUAGAGCCGCAAAUCCUUCCUUUACAAGCUUUUUAUAUCAAUGAAAGAGCGGCCACUGUGGUGUCUCUUGUAUGGCGCCCAAGACGACGCAUUGUCCCUAACAGCAGCAGCAGCAGCAGCAGCAGCAGCAGCAGCAUGCAUUUGCUGCUGGGUUGCUCUGAUGGAUUUAUAAGGGUUUGCGCCUUCGUGCCGCAGGCACCGUUGAGGGUGCCACUGCAGCAGCGGCAGCUGCAGCACGAGCAGCAGCUGCAGCAGCAGCAGCAGCAGCAAAAAGUACAAUUGUUUCCGCUGCUGCGGCUGAAGAGCGUUACCCUCUCGCGUAUUGCGCGCGGCACACAGAAUGCAAGUAUUAAUGAUAUGGUGUACGUACACCUGAGCCCUCGUCGCGCAGUGCUGCUGGCGAGUUGCAACCCAGUAGAUAUGCCUGCAGAGACGUGCUGCAUCCCCUUGGGUGCGCCAAUGGUAUCAGCAGCAGCAGGAAGCAGCAGCAGCAGCAGCAGCAGCAGCGGGUUGUGUUAUGAGGUAAGAGCAGCAGAAGCAGCAGCAGAAGGACUAGAGGUAUUUAUUGAGGUGCUGCAGAUACACCCGACGUUUAUUGUGGGGCUUGCAUGCUCAGCAACAGCAGCAACUAUUGCUUCUCUUGCUGCUGAUGGGCAUCUUGUUGUUGUAGCCAGAAAGGAUGCUGUUGCUGCUGCUGCAGCUGCAGCAGCUGCUGCUGCUGCUGCAGCAGCAGCUGCUGCUGCUCCUGUUAGUGGUGAAUUGCCAGCUCAAGCCGCCAGUGCAGCAGAAGAGCCCGCUAGUCAGCAGCAGCAGCAGGAACAGCAGGUUGCUGCUUCGUAUUCAUCCUCUGGAGAGGGAUCUGCUGCUGCUGCACCCGAUGCAACAGAAGCAGCAGCAGCAGCAGGUGACGCUUCUUUUGCUGCUGCUUCUAGCGUUGAACCCGCGAAGAAGCGGCAGCACAUUUGUGAGCAGCAGCAACUUGCUGCUGAUGCUGCUGCUGACUUCGCAGAAGCAGCAGACAGUGCAGCAACAGCAGCAGACAGUGUACCAACAGCAGCAGAUAGUGCAGCAGCAGCAGAUAAUGCAGACACUGCUGCACUCGAGCAGUCACCACCACAUCCUGGUGCAGCAGCAGCAGCAGCAGAAGCAGCAGCAGCAGCAGCAGCAGCAGCAGAAGCAGAUACAGAUGAAUCUCUAUUUGGACCUUCUUAG